AUGGUGUGCGUCCACAAACGCAAGUGCGCGACAAACGCAAGUGCGCGACAAACGCAAGUGCGCGACAAACGCAAGUGCGCGACAAACGCAAGUGCGCGACAAACGCAAGUGCGCGACAAACGCAAGUGCGCGACAAACGCAAGUGCGCGACAAACGCAAGUGCGCGACAAACGCAAGUGCGCGACAAGACGCAAGUGCGCGACAAGACGCAAGUGCGCGACAAGACGCAAGUGCGCGACAAAACGCAAGUGCGCGACAAAACGCAAGUGCGCGACAAACGCAAGUGCGCGACAAACGCAAGUGCGCGACAAACGCAAGUGCGCGACAAACGCAAGUGCGCGACAAACGCAAGUGCGCGACAAACGCAAGUGCGCGACAAACGCAAGUGCGCGACAAACGCAAGUGCGCGACAAACGCAAGUGCGAGAACAAACGCAAGUGCGAGAACAAACGCAAGUGCGAGAACAAACGCAAGUGCGAGAACAAACGCAAGUGCGAGAACAAACGCAAGUGCGAGAACAAACGCAAGUGCGAGAACAAACGCAAGUGCGAGAACAAACGCAAGUGCGAGAACAAACGCAAGUGCGAGAACAAACGCAAGUGCGAGAACAAACGCAAGUGCGAGAACAAACGCAAGUGCGAGAACAAACGCAAGUGCGAGAACAAACGCAAGUGCGAGAACAAACGCAAGUGCGAGAACAAACGCAAGUGCGAGAACAAACGCAAGUGCGAGAACAAACGCAAGUGCGAGAACAAACGCAAGUGCAAGUGCGAGAACAAACGCAAGUGCGAGAACAAACGCAAGUGCGAGAACAAACGCAAGUGCGAGAACAAACGCAAGUGCGAGAACAAACGCAAGUGCGAGAACAAACGCAAGUGCGAGAACAAACGCAAGUGCGAGAACAAACGCAAGUGCGAGAACAAACGCAAGUGCGAGAACAAACGCAAGCACACAACCCCCGAGAAGUUCUUCAUCGAGGCUUGCGAUGAAGGCGCUGAUGCAGUGCUAGCCAUCGACAGAGUCUCCAAUGAGAUGACCCUCACAGGGAGGAGCAAUGUCCCGCCUUCUGCAGUGACAAAGCCUAUCUGUGGGAUCAUGGGGACAAUCCGGCUGGUCGCAGGCAUGUACUUAAUUGUUAUCACCCGGAAGAAGAACAUCGGCAGUCUGAUGGGCCACGCAGUGUGGAAGGCUGUGGACUUCGACAUCAUCUCCUAUAAGAAGACCGUGCUGCAUCUGUCUGAAAUUCAGUCCCAGGAGAACAAGACCUUCCUGUCCAUGCUCAACAACGUGCUGCACACAGACGGAUUCUACUUCUGCACCGACUUCGACCUGACGCACUCGCUGCAGAGACUGGCCAACACCAGCCCAGACUUCCAGGAGAUGAGCCUCCUGGAGCGGGCGGACCAAAGGUUUGUGUGGAACGGGAACCUCCUCAGAGAACUCGCAGCUCAGCCAGAGCUCCACAGGUUUGCUCUCCCCUUGGUCCAUGGAUUUAUUUUCAUGAAGCCGUGCCGGAUCAAUGGGAAAGUGUUUGAGUGGAUCCUGAUCUCCCGCAGGAGCUGCUUCAGAGCUGGAGUCCGAUACUACGUCAGAGGUGGGACAGCGAGUGAUGGAGGAGGGUGA